AUGUCUCCGACACCCCAAGAACGUUUCACCGAAGCCUCCAAGCAUGCCACCCUCAUCCGCGCCCUCCUUGCCCACCCUUCAAUGCGGCUCAAUUGCGAGGGGCUUCCCGACCGUUCAGAUACCCCUGCCACACUCUACAACGUCGCCGACUUCGAGCUCAGCACUUACAAAAAGUAUCUCCUUCCGAUCUUGCCGCCUGAUGCCGACAAAAACUCAAAGGCCCUAGCCAUCUCAAAAGCAGACAAAGUGAAGGAGAAUCCAAGCUUGUUGACCGACGAUAUGUAUCCGCGCAUGAACGUUGGGGGUUUCAUUGAGAAAUGGCAGGAUGCCAUUGGGAGGACUGUGAUGAUUACAAGUAUCAUUUUGGAGCCGAGGAAGCAGAUCCUCUUCGGUGGGUUUUUGACUUUGGGGAGGCGGUAA